AAACUUUCCGGGUCACGUGAGCGGGCGGGGCAGGUGGGUCGGGAGCUGUGCGACUGAAGGACAGGGGACCGAGGGUCGGAGCAGGUGACCCCGGGACUAGGAGCCUGCCCCGGGUCCGAAAGUCCGCGGGAGCCAGGUACCGGUCGCAGGUACCCCCAACCCCGGCUCAAGAUGCGCUAGAAGCAACGCGCUGGAGAAACCUUUGUCUCAGGCGCCACCAACUUGUCGCCCAGCCCAUGGCGACCCCAGUCCUGGGGCUCCUCUUGGCGCUCGGCCUGCCAUUGCUGACCGCCUGCUGGGACCGAAAUCUGGGAACAACAAAUAGCACUACUUCACCCACAGACCCCAGCUCCGAUGGAGGCCUGUCACAGGCGGCGGUCACCGCCAUCAUCGUGGUCUUCUCCAUUCUGGGUGCCCUACUCCUGGCUGUGGGGCUGGCCUUGCUCAUCCGGAAACUUCGAGAGAAGCGGCAGACAGAAGGCACCUACCGACCCAGCAGCGAGGAGCAGUUCUCCCACGCAGCAGCGGAGGCCCGGGUCCCCCAAGAUUCCAAGGAGCCGGUGCGGGGCUGCCUACCCAUCUAGCUCCCUAACCCUGUCAUCCACCUCCCUUCCUUGCUGUGACCUUGGGGCAAGGCAGCACCCUUUGGGGGCGAUCAGACUCACCCAGUGUUUUAAGACUAGAAGGUUCUUCAAAAACUUUGCCCUUGAGGGUAAGGGAAAGUGGGAGCCUCUCACUUUUUAUAUAUUUAUGUGAAAUUGAUAGUGGGGUAUAAUAAAGCUUUUAUCUGAGGUGGUGGGAACGUCAUCCUAGAUGGAAUAAGAAAAGGCUUGGAAGAUUGGGUUGGGAAGUUCCUAGAGGGGUGGGGGGGGGGACCUCCUGGGAAGCUGGAGGUCACUUCCCAAGGGAUGGCGGGAAGUAGGCUCUGUUUCCGAGUUGAGAGAAGGAUUCAGAUCAACUCACAGGAACAAAACAAAACAUCAACAAUAAACAGCUUUAUCGAGGGCUAGGAUCUCCUCCAAGCCCUGACCUUUAAA